CAAUCGCCGCUGCCAUGGGUGUCGAAGCUCAUCAACGACCACCACUGCCCGCACCUACUGAACCUACCGACGUCGAUGACACCGAUGUAGCCACCAACAUCUCGCGCCGUACCGAUCAGACUUCAUACUCAAUCCCCGAAGACGGCAGUCCCAUCACUAUCUCGACACAUAAACUUACCUCCAAAGAAGGCCCACGCCUCCGCCACGGUCGCAAUAAGUCACAGACCUCUCUGUUGAUCGAAUACUUCGAAGCCACCAAAGGCGACAAAUCAAAGAACCGGCCCAGUGUUCGCGUCAAAGUAACUCCUUCGGCUCAUCGCAAAUCAAAGACGUCGGAUUCCGUCCAGAUUACAGGCAUCGGCCGUGACAAANAGCCUUCAUAUACACGUCGCAUCUCUCUAGGCUCCAAAUCCCCAGACAAAGCUGCACCAGUCGAAGCUACCGAGGUCAGUCACUCUUCAGGGAGUAACCUUUCAGCUGCGCCUCCGGUCGAAGUCGAAAUUCUCAACAACAGCGAUAUAUCAAGUCUAAAACAGGACCGCGAAUCUCGCGACCUACACUACCUUCCUGUUACCUCGGACGUCUCAUCAAUGCCUCCUGAUAGCUUACUUGAGCCUUCGCAAAUUUCAGCUGCGAGCCAAGAUGUAUCUGAGGAUGCGAGCCGUAACCAGAGUCUCCUGGAUCUGCCAGAACAGGACCGAGCACGCAGCGCCAGUCAUGAGCGCAUCAAGCAGAAAGUCAUAGAGAAGUUGAUGCAGCGUCAACGCGGAGCACCUGUUGAGUAUGAACCUGAUACCAAACCAACANAAGAGCGCCGUCGACGCUCAUCUCGUUCCACACGCGAAGAGGACCUCGCUAGCGCUGCCGAGUCGUCGAUAUUGUCUUCGAAUCUCUCUCCCAGCAACCUUUCGUACGCUUCUGGUACCACUUCGAAGGUAUCACUGAACAAUCCGAAGCUUCUACAGAUGGUCGAGGACACUGUUCGUCGUCUGAUAUUGCCCGAGAUUACUCAUUUGAAGAAUGAGCAACGUCGCUCAUCACACGGUUCAUAUACCGAUGAUGAACUAGAUCAGCGCAAUUCCAGAUCUGGAUCAUCAAGUAAACCCAAGGUCGUCCUCAAUCGAUAUGAUGAUGAUCCAGGCGAGCGCAAAGCCCGAGGAAGUCGCAGUGACUCCACAAGUCUUGCUGAAACUGAGAAAACCUAUCGCAAGGAGGAAAUCCCUCCUAUGCCCUGGACUGGUGCAUCGGCCAUGAACGACUCUGAAGUUACCCGUCAGUCCAUCCUCACUGCAUCGACCGAGCGUCCUCCAUCUGCCUCCGCUACAGAACGCCAGACUCCAGUCCGUGAGGUUCGACGAGGCUCGCUUCGCGGCUCCUUGUCACCAGCGUCCACGACCCCCAAAGGAAAAGGAGCUCGCUCUCCCGGACUCCUCGAGUCUGCUCACAGCAGUCACUCAUUGACGGAAGAACAUGCAACCAGUGCUCAGUCCAUCUCGACCAAGGCCAAGAUGGCAGCAUUAGCUGCAGCUGGCUUGGGCGGUGAUGAAUCUAUUCAACACGAGCACGGUAAGCACGACUUAAGCCCUACACAAAGCGUGUCUACUUUCAGAGAUAGUCUGAAUGAUCCUUUGGUUCCUCAUGGACUACGACCUCGCAGCAGAGUCUCCGAGCUCUCUGCAGGAUUUGAGGAACGACAACGCAACGCCAUGUCCCCUGUUUCAGCGCCGCACUCUCCGAGCUCUCAGAAGAAGAGCUUUGACAUCACUAGAACCCCUCAGUCACCUGCACAACUCCAUGAUGAGACCGAAGAGCGAAGCGAGCUGGAAGAGUGGUUUCAGAAGGAGCAUGAGAAAAAUGAAGAAUAUCGCAAAUCUCUCGCUGAUUCGAGCACAAUUCCUGAAUCCCUUGAUGAACGUCGCUUGACGCAGUACACCGAAGAUAGCCACCUGUCAAGCGAUGGGAGCCCGGAGCGUGACGUCAAGGGGGUUGCUGCGACUCCCCAGUAUACACACCGGCCAUUUGGUGUCGAAUCUGCAGUUGCCUCUUUGAUUGACCCUUCUACAGUCAGUACUAGUCUUCAAUCGUCACAAGCAAGCCCGAGCAAUACAGAAGACGUUGAUUAUCGCGAACGAAUGGAUAACAGCGUGCGCGAAGAGCUUCACCGUCAGUCAGGCGAUCACCAGAGUACAGACUCAGCAACACAAUACCCGACUCAAAGUCGAUGGAGCGCAUUACGUGAGAAUGCUUUGGCUCUAUCCAGCCGCGGCUCUUCUGCUCAGCCUACCAGUUCUCCGCGCCAAAGCGGGAACUCCUACGAGGAACGCGCGCAUGCUGUGUCUUCCCCUCUCCGACUGAGCGCUCAUGGCAUUCCUGACGUUAAUGAUCCUAUGCCCGAGAUCGGACAUGGAAUUGACUCCGAUUCUGACUUGAGCACAAAUCCUCCAGAGAUCCAAGGGCCAGGUCGAGGUGAUGGACGCUUCGAUUUUCUGCCCUCGUUCUCACAAAGUCCUGAGAGAGCAGCUGUAAGACAUGACAGUAUCUCGGAGCACAGUUCCUCUAUGAGCGAGAAAGCCUUAGUGNGGGCUGGCAUCGCUGCGGGUGCUUUUGCAGCAGACAAAAUCUUGAGUCAACACAGCUCAGACAAACAUCUCUCAACGAACCAAGCAGUGGUCGAGGACUAUGCCUCCCGCGAGACGACUCCAGAUGUGCGGCAAGCCCAGGCUGUCCAUGUGGGACGUGCAGAGACAGCGUCUCCUCCUGCUCAUUUCGGAGACGAGGGUUACGCAUCCGCAGCUUACGCUCGUUCUAACGGGGCCUCUACCCCAAGGGGCUAUAAGACACAUACCAAGACCCAGUUGGAAGGACAUGACCUGGACACAGCGGAGAACGAAGCAUUCGUCAGCAAGCACAAUCGCUACCUGAGUGGCAACUCUCAUGGCAUGUCUUCUCCGCUCUACGAUAGUGCUACCGGCCGAGGCAUUGACACGAUCCAAUCCAAGGAUGUGGUUGCGUUGAUGGACCACCUUACUGUCCGAGACGCGCAUCGCAAUGCAAGGGACACAGAAAUCCUUGUCACUCUAGUGCGCAGUGCUGCGGAGAUGCGCCAUGAAUUCGAGGAAAUGAAAAGGUUUAUUGCGGAGCAGGAUCGCAAAAUCAUGGAGAACACGGAUCGUGAUGCCGAGUAUACAGUCAAGAAGGUGCUUGGUGGUCCUCGACCUCAACCACCUGCCCAGCCUCGAACAGUCCAUGGCACUUACAACGAAGAGGACCUUCCGACAAAACGUAAGAACGUCUUCAAACGCGCACUGAAAGGACUGAGUAAGAGAGGCUCAAACGAUUUGUCCAAGAUCGAAGAUAUGUUAAAUCAGAUCCUUGGAGACGUAGAGGAUCUGAAGAUGACCCAAGGCGAUCGACCGCCGAUGUCGCUUCGUGGUAGCAGCUUCGACUCGUACGAGGAUCGGGCAUAUUAUGGACGUGACUCCGGAUACGAACCUGAAGGACAAGCCGGCACUUCGUCGACCCCAAAUCAUUCUGGGCGUCUCUCUAACCAUUCCGGCAAUGCAUCAAUUCCUUCCCCCAAAGAGAAGACAGCUUCUCCGCAGGAGAGAUAUUUCCACUCUGGAUACAAUGGCCGUAGAGACUCGAUAAAUCGCGUCAGUACAGUUAUGGAAGAAGAGAGCAAUGACGGUGGAUCUUUCUUGGAGCAGCAUGAGGCUCACGUUCUCGACAAUCAAUUCGAGAACAACGAGAGGCUCUUGACUCCAACACAAGAGUCGUUCAACCGUAGAUCAGGAUCAUUCGAUUCUUCCACGACCCCUGUGCAACGACAUAGCCCUUUCGAUGUUCACACUGGUACCGGUACUCCUGAGAAGCAGCGCAAGCAAUCUGUCUUUGGCAUCCCAAAGAUUUCUCGUUGGUCUAAAACGACGACUUCGUCGUAUCCAGAGAAUUCUGAUGCUAAUGACAAACGUCGAAGUCAAUACACCAAUGCCUCUAGCAGCGGCGAGAGCCUGGGUUCCAAUGGUGCUGGUUAUUACGGCAAUGGAUAUGCACUGAAGUCUGAGGAUCGUCUUCGAUCUACUCAGUCGCUGGUCAAAGAUCAAGCAGCUAGGGAGCAUGUGCCUGAUACCAGAAGCAUCCGCAGUGGGCUCAGUGAUAUGACACGAACACCAUCACCGCUUAUCCCUUCCGAGACAGGAUCUCAGCUCGAUAACAUUCCCAUUAUCCUUCCGGGUGAUGAUGAAUUGGACAACUUCGAUGACCCUAAAUAUUCAGCUCAUCGUGAUUCUUUACUUCUGCAACACCCUCAGCCUCGACCAGGCCCGACGCACCGCCACCAGACGAACCUUGAGAACGAAGCUCGCACAUUCAGUGGACCUGAUCAUUUCGAGACAGGCACGAGCAGUGACCUUUCACAACGCACCGUGGACAGCGAUUUCGAUCCUCUGCAAUGGGGUUCCAACCCCUCACUUUCCCUGGCACGAACCAACAAACUCAGUGGAAUCCCUGCUGGAAAGGACAGCGGUCCACUGGUACCCGAGAACACACAGAAAGCAGCACCCAAAGUCGAAGUUGAGCCACCAAAGGAUCAGCGACAGCAAGCAUCGCAGAAACCCCGCCAGAUGUAUUACUCGACCCCACUUGGCUCAGGCCAUCUGCUUGAGCCUAUCGAAGAAGUGAGAUACUCGUUGGAAACAGACCGUGGACAUGUAAGUAUCCAUCCAUACGCAGAACAUUGCUGUGCUUCGCUGACCUCGAUGCAACCAGNNCGUUCACCUGAGCCGACAGCUAGUCCUAGGGUAGCCAACCAGCCCAGCCCAGCGCGUAAAAUCACCGGACCCAGACCGAUAGGCUCGCGUGCUCCCAGUGGUGCCAACGAACAAAUCCAGCAAGAGCAGGUCUCUGGUACUGUAAGAAGGAAGCCAGUCCCUUCAAGCAAGAGUUAUGGUUCG